AUGAAUAAUUUGAAAACGAAACGACCAUUAUCCGAAGAUCUGUAUCCAUCUAAAGAUGUUCAAGAUCCCAGUAAUUGUGCACCACAAGAAGUAUUCAGAAAUAAUACGACCGCUGUAGAAGUCAUUGUAAAACAAGUAGACAUGGAUAUCCUGAAGAAAGAACUGCUCAAGGCUAACAGCAAUCUUGAAGAGACAAGAAAGAGCUAUAAAUUGGUGUUAUGCGAAAUCAAGAAACAAUUAGACGCAGCUAACGAGAGAGCACUGAAACGACAAACACAGAAUGUACUUUUGCAAUUCGAGAAUGAGAAGGUAAAGACAUUGUUAGCUUCAAAGUCCAAUUUAGUGAUGAAACUAAAGAAGGAAUUGAUAAAUAUGAGGCGAAUACUAAAAUUCGUUAUUCGAGGCAUACAUUUUAUUCCAGAAUUUGAGGUUGAAUCAGAUUACGCGGAGUUUGAAAAGGAGCUAAAGAGAAGUGCUUCAUUGAAAAAUACUAAAGCUUUGGACUUAGAUGGCUAUACCUUUGAUAGUUUGUUUUCAACCGAAGGGAAUCAAUCCCGGGUGCAAGUGAAUACCCGGGCGGUGCAUACCCGGGUAACCCGGUCACACCGCGACCGGGUCACGCGGUCGAAGCACAUUGUACCCGGUGCCCCCGAGAUGCCCCGCCUCCGUUCACCUCAUUAA